CUCUAAAGCACAGUGACAAGACAACUGUUCAGGGCUCAACAACACAAUGGAUGUUUACCAGCCAUACAGACACAACCAAAUGGAUUAUAACGCCGAGAGUCGAGACGCCAAGUUGGGGAAAGGGCUUCAGAAUGUCGACGAUCGUCUUGAUAGUGGUGUGGAUUCGCUCAGAGAGGAUGUAGUUGCCGAACUGGAGCGAGUGCGUUUGGAUUGCGAACCCGCUCCCCGGAUACCCGAAGAAAGCUGUGAACCAUGGAAGAAAGAAAUUACUGAGGACGGAGACACGUUCCUGCAUAUGGCAAUCAUUCAUGAAGCCAAAGAUCAUGCCAUGAAGAUGAUUGACUUGUCAGUCAAUGACCCCUUCCUGAAUACACAGAACUAUCAAAGACAGACGGCGCUGCACUUGGCAGUGAUCACAGAGCAGCCGGAGGUGGUGGCCCACCUGAUGCGCGCCGGCUGCGACCCGCUGCUGGUGGACGACAGCGGCAACACGGCGCUGCACAUAGCCUGCAGGAAGGGCUCGGUCACCUGCUUCAGCGUGCUCACCCAGGCCUGCUCCAGCUCCCAGCUCUCCACAAUGCUCACCACGCUCAACUACAGCGGUCAAAACUGUUUACACCAGGUUUCCAUACAUAGCUACCUUUCGCUGGUGGAAAGACUCGUUGAGCUUGGAGCCGAUAUUAAUGCACAGGAGCAGUGCAAUGGGCGGACGCCACUUCACCUGGCCGUUGACCUUCAGAACUACGACCUGGUGCACCUGCUCAUCAGCAAAGGGGCCGACGCCAACAGCCUGACGUACGGCGGCCACACGCCGUACCACCUGACCUACGGCCGGCUCAACGCCGCCAUCCGGGACGAGCUGUACGAGCUGACCGCCCAGCACCUGCGGCCACUGCCCGAGAGCGAGACGGAGGAGGAUGAGGAGGACUACCAGUCGGAGGACGAGUUCUUUGAUGAUGUCCAGCUGACGGUAUAGAGGACGCAGCUCAGUCAUAUGUGCGUGGCCGCAGUAAACACAGUAUGUUUGAGUGGACAAGACUGAAAGACUGUAAAAUGGGGUGAGAGAGCAGCACCCAGGCCUGAGCUGGCCACAUGGACAAGCCUGAUGAAGUGGCCUGGAGUCUGGAUGCCCAGAAGAAGAGUGAGAGAAGAAGAGAGAGAAGAAGAGGGAGGGAGAGAAGCAGGCCCCAGGAACAGAAGGCUACCUGAAAGUGUUGGGACAGAGAAGCCAGUGAAGUUCACAGUUCAACAGAGGGAGAGAUGUGUCGUGUUUUUUUUUAAAAAACAAAAAUAUAUAUUUUCUCACGUCACACCUCGAGAAAAGGAGCGUUUUCAUCCACAGACUUCAGAGUACGGUGUAUAAAUGUUGUAAAUUUGUGUAAAGAAACAGAUUUAUUUUUUAUAAAUAUUAAUGUAUAUCUGUACAAAGUUCCUUUGGAAAAAAUGUAUGUUCCAAAGUUACAUCUGUGAAGAGUACCCUACCACACUCCCGUAAAUUAAAAAAAGCAACAAACUA